AUGGACGAUGAGCUGACGUUCAACAUCGUGCGCUCUAAGAAGCGCGUCAAAGAGCGGUGGACGGCAGAGGCCAAGGAAGCUCGCAAAAAGAAUAGAGCUGCAGCAGCACAAGUGGAGCCAGUGGAGGCUCCUAAACGGUCGAACGAUGUCUCUAUGAUACAGCUGUUCCGCGAGAUCCCGCAGCGCGUUCCAUUCCGAGGGAAGCCAACCAAGAGGACUGUUUCAGUGGCACUACCAGUAUCGCUGGUGUAUAACAUCCUGACUGACGAGCUGCGGGCGUAUGUUAUUGGCCACAUAGCCCGCGCACUCACCAUUUAUGGCGUUCACGAGGUGGUACUCUACAACGACAUUGGCCCCGAGGGAGUCGAGUGGCAGGAGUACUUCGCUCUUAAUAUGCGAUACCUCGAGACGCCGCAGUAUCUGAGGAAAUACAUGUUCCCCAUCACGAAUCACCUGCGCCACGCCGGCCUGCAGAACCCUCUGGACGCCCCGCACCACCUCCGAACCAACGAGUGGCUGCCAUACAGGGAGGGAGUCAUCAAGCUAGAGCCCAAGGGGAUGGCAAAGCAUGCGAGCUCUUUGAGCAUGUACGCGGAGUGCAGCCUUUUCGGACGCAUAAAGGUGAUGAACCCCGAUGCGCUCAUGGAGAUAUACGGGGUGGAGUGGUUUUGCCUGGAAGACGACGAUGACGAAGAGGUGUAUCAGCGUGUCACCAUCCUCUUGGACUCAGGAUCCAUGGGUGAGUGCAAGCGCCGCUGGAAGGAGCAGAAGGCCGGAACGUCUGUUUCCUCGGGCACCGAGCUUGCAGGGAAGAUAGUGCCGCCAGACGAGCCGCAGAGCUCCGCAGGGCUCUACUGGGGUUACGUCGUCCGAGAAGCGGAGGAUUAUUCGGCGGUCUUCACGGGCUGUCCGUUUAACGAAAGCGGCAUCUAUGACUACAAGAUGGGCACCAGCGAAAGAGGCGACGUGUACCCCAAAGAGGUGCGCGUGCCAAACUUCCAGCACAUGCUCAUGGUGCUGGGGCCGGUGAACGGGCUCGAGAGCAUCACCGAGAACCCGCAGGCGGACGUCGACGCAUACGUAAACUUCUGCUACAACCAGCGCUCACGCACAAUUCGUACGGAGGAGGCGCUCACCAUUUGCCUAUCGCAGUUCUUUGCGCACUACUCGCUGUGA